UUCUAAUUGUCGUCAAAGAAACCGAGCAACAAUUUCACCAUGGCGAUUGUGACCGUCUCCAUUUCUCUGGCCGUCGCGGUCCUUGCGGGCUUGGUCUACCAGCUGUUGCAAGUCGGCCGGCGACCGAAAGGUAUGCCACCUGGGCCUGCGACGCUGCCAAUUGUAGGCAACCUGCACCAACUGCCCGCAAAGGAUCUACACGUCAAGCUUCGUGAAUGGGCCCAGGAAUACGGCGAAAUCUACUCGAUCAUGCUGGGAAACCAACGCAUGGUUGUGCUCAAUUCUCCCAGAGUGGUCAAGGACUUGAUCGACCAGCGUUCGAACAAUUACUCAUCCAGGCCCGAGAUGUAUGUCGGCCAGACGUUGAUCUCGGGCGGGUAUAGAUUGGUCCUGAUGCAGUACGACGAAGGGUGGCGGUUGGCUCGCAAGAUGAUCCACAAUUUGCUCAACAUCAAGACCGCCGUCGAGUACAUCCCCUAUCAGGAGCUGGAACUGCGUCAGAUGCUCGCCGAUAUGGUGAAGCGGCCGGACAAGUACCACGACCAUGUCAGACGGUACAGCACGUCGCUAGUGACGAGCAUCACGUUCGGAUGGAGAAGUUUGGCGUUCAAUGACCCAGAUGUCAAGGCGAUUUACGAGGGUUUCGAAGAGUUUGCAGUCGCAUCACAGGUUUCGGCUUCGAUGCUGGAUUAUUUCCCCAUUCUGCGGAACUUGCCCGACUUUAUGAACCCGAGCAAGAAAAGGGGCAAGGAAUUGCACAAAGAGGAAAUCGCCCUGUACAAGCAUUACAUGCUGAAAGUAAAAGAGCGAAAGGAGAAGGGCAUCAUCGCUAAGAACUUCUGCGACGAUAUGUUCAAGCAGCAAGAAAAGAUUGGCUUCUCGGAUGACUGGGCCAGUUAUGUCAGUGGGACACUGUUGGAGGCUGGUUCCGAUACGACGGCUUCGAUUUUCUUGUCGUUUGCGGUGGCAAUGAUCAAUUUCCCUGAGGUGCAGAAGAAAGCGCAGAGUGAAAUUGACCGAGUGAUUGGACCCGACCGCCUGCCAACGAUGGCCGACGAGAUGGAUCUCCAGUACAUUCGAGGUGUUGUGAAAGAGUCUCUGCGUUUCUUGCCCUCGAGUAUUCUCGGAAUCGUGCCUCACGCAACCACCAACGCCGAUACCUACAAAGAUUACCAUUUCCCUGCAAAGACCGGCAUGAUGAUUAACGUGUGGGCAUUGAACAAUGAUCCUGAACGAUACCCCAAUCCUCGCAACUUCGAUCCCGACAGAUACAAGGACGACCUCCUCCGAGCCCAGGAGAGCGCCAGCCUGAACGACCCGUACAAGCGAGAUCACUUCACUUUCGGCGCCGGCCGACGUGUAUGCCCCGGUCUCAACAUUGCCGAGCGGUCUUUAUUCUUGGGCAUUGCGUAUAUGCUGUGGGCGUUUUCCUUUGAGCAUGCCGUCGAUGACAAGGGCAACAAGAUUCCCGUCAGCACGGAGGCUGUCACGCAGGGUAUCGUGUGCCGCCCCAUGCCUUUUGAAUAUAAAAUGGUCGAGAGAGAUCCGCAGAGAACGGCCAAAGUUUUGAAAGCUUGGGACAGCGCCAAGGAGCUGCUCAGCAGAUAUCCCGAGGGGAUCAGGAGUACCCAGUAUGUGAAGGAUUGGAAGGAGUACACUGCCAAUGAGAAGUUUUAACUUCAGAGACGGCGAUUGGGCUGGCGGUGUGUCCAUGUCUAGAAGGUCACAGUGUAACUUGCAUACUUGGAGCAAUGGGAAUAGAACUGUCAACGAAAGAGAUGAGAAGAGGAAUUUUGCAGGUCUGUUGUGUCAUGAAUGAGCAUACGAGUCCGGGACGACUUGAGAAUCAGGAAAAAGAUGACAUGAAUCUUCAAGAAUGAAACGGCCAUCAUCCAUGUGUGCAAGACCGAUAUAGUCUCUGUGUACUUGCAUGUACUUUGGAGAUACAGUGUCC